AUGAACAGCUCGGGUAAUGAUGUCCCGUCCAUCUUCCAAGGAAAGAAGUUCUGGCUCUCAACGCUACUUCCCAUGAAGGACCACUUCAAGGCGCUGGUCACGAAUAACGGCGGCAAGGUGGUCUAUCUCGAAAAAGAUGCCGAUAUCCUGAUUGCCGAUCCCAUAAAGAAGAAUAGGGCUCCAGCUGGGGCGUGCUCCUAUAAGCUCAUUGAGGAUUCGGUCAAGAACGGCGCUCUCCAGCUUGAGGACAGAUUCCUCAUCGCCCCCAAGAUUGGCGAGACGACGCCCCGUCAAGCCGGCUCGUCUAUACCCACGAGGAAGCACCGUGUACCUUUCACCCCGCAGGAUGAUGCCAUUCUCGCUAAAUGGGUUCUCUCUCACCCCGAUGCCCGUACAGGUAACAUUUUAUAUCAAGAGUUAGAAACCAUUAAUUCACGACAUACGUGGCAGUCGUGGAGGAACCGAUGGGGGAAGGAUCUGAGCAGACGGCCCAUGACCCGACUCAAGGAAAUUGCUAGCUCGGCCAAAGAUCUACAAAUUCCGGGUGCAGACAAUGAUCAGGAAGCCAGGAUAUCAGCUACGGGAGUCCGUGAGGAGACCGAGGCAAAGCCUGAACCGUCGCCGGGAGCUCAGACAGGACAGGAACCCGAAGAUGCACCAGGUCAAGACGAAGCGGUCCGUGAUGAGGAUGAAGAGGAUAGAUACCGCAUUGCACUAGAGCAGUUCACCGCCGACAUCAAGGCAUUUUCUCAGCAGCGGGGAAUCGACAUUGAACUGAGGCCUGUCGUCGGUGGGCGGACCAUUAAACUCUUUGACCUCGCUCGGGCCGCCGCCACAUAUCAGGAUGAGUCGUCCGAGAACAUUGACUGGGACCAAGUCGCUGCCGAACUGGGCUUUGGUGAGGGCCCGAGCGACGUAGCGAUGCUUCUCGCUGUACACUACAAGAACAGCCUAGAGUCCUUUUUCGAUGCCAUGGCUCAGCAUGACGACGAUGACGAUGAUGACGACAAAGACAAAGACAACAACAAUAACAACGGCAACGUCCCUCAGGCUGAAGAAGAGGAAGACGAUGACGAAGACGCGUUUGAAACCGCCCCGCAAGGCUUAGUACGAGACAGCCCUGCUCUGACGUCGCCGGGCAGUAGAAAACGCACAGUCUACUCGGAGCCGCCGUCUACUCGCAACAGCAAGCGCAAGAGGCUGUCGGAGAUCCCGUCGACACCCGACGACGCCCUGCGCGUCACGCUCAGGCAACAAAAUACCCCCUCGGCCACGAAGCGCCAACUUUUCCCCAACGCCGAGGUCAAAGACAGCCAGGACGACACCCAGGCCACGCUGUCAGGCCCCGGCCGCACCCGGGUGGAAGUUCAGAUCAGGACGCCGCGCCGCGCCACGCUAGACACACAGAAAACCUCUCUUGAUGUGACGCCCUCGCAGCAGCUCAUGGAAGAAGCCCAAGCCCUGACCAGCCCUGCCGUCCCAUCUCCCGUCGCAUUCCCCAACUCAAGUCCUGCACCGCAACGCCAUCGCCUCCCAGACUCGAACAGUACGCCUCGUCCCAAGAAGGCCAAGCGCCGUACCCUCCCGGCGUCAUUCCGCGCCUCAACACUGGAGCAGCCACAACGCUACAGCGACGACUCGGACAAUCCCUUUGAAACCCCCGACAUAAUGGACCUUAGCAACACCGUUCCAAACCCCACCCAUUCGAGGAGGCACACCCCCGAUCUGCAGACGAUACAGGGUUGGGUAGAACACUACCAGUCCCUAGGCUACAGCCACUCCGUCGUCGUCCAGGCCCUCGAGGCGACAACAAUAACGCCAGGCGGUCCGGCGACCCACGCCAUGGAGGCCCUCCGGUCGGGCCACCCCCUCCCCCCAAACCACGAGGGCGUGUGGACGGACCGGGAUGACGCCUCGUUGCGCCAGGUCCUCGCGGCGGGCAUCAGCGGCCCCCUCGAUAGACGACCUGUAGACGACCACGAUAGACGGUCUCUGCGCACCGCGUCAAAGGAGCUCUCCCGGUUGCAGUUCAAGCACGGCGGCAACGCCAUCACUCUCAGGGCGCAGUUCCUCGAGGCAGUCGAUAGACAAGAUCUGGAUCAGGAAUGA